AUGCUCCCGUCGCCGAGCACGGCGUCGGCGGGGAAGUCCCGGUCGAUGGAGGAGGCCCCCACGGUGAGGAUCCACGGGGCGAUGUUCACCGCCGUGAAGGCCCCCGGGCCGGAGUUCCCCGCUGAGCAGGAGACGACCACGCCAUGGCUAACGGCUCCGAAAGCUCCAAUGGCGAUGGAGUCGCGGUAG